AUGCCAUCUCAAAUGGAAUACACCAUGGAAACCAUGAUGUUUACAUUUCACAAAUUUGCUGGAGACAAAGGCUACUUAACCAAGGAGGACCUGAGAGUACGCAUGGAAAAUGAAUUGCCUGGAUUUUUGGAAAACCAAAAAGACCCUCUGGCUGUGGACAAAAUAAUGAAGGACCUAGACCAGUGCAGAGAUGGCAAAGUGGGCUUCCAGAGCUUCUUUUCACUAACCACAGGCCUCACCAUUGCAUGCAGUGACUAUUUUGUAUUACACAUGAAGCAGAAGGGAAAGAAGCAAAAAAGCCAGCAAUUACUCCCAUCCUGA